AUGAUUGAUCAUAAUAGCCAUUUAUAAUUGGAAAUAAAUAGAAGACAAAAUCAAAGAGAGUAUGAAGAAGGGAUGAGUAAUUUCAAGGAAGAGUAAAUUUAAGCUACAAUCUCAGACAGAGAAUAAAUAAUUAAGCACUUUAAAAUAGUUAUUAAUAUCGAAAAAUCUUACUUAUUUCAUGCAUCAUUAAGCAUUAUCUUGUGCGUUAUGAUUUAAUUUGGUUUCCUGUAAAAUGAAAAUGUUUCUUAAAAUAAUUUGACUAUCACUAAUGAAUAAUAGCAAAAUCAGUUAAUUAUGCCAAAGGAUCCCCUAUCAGGAAUUAUUGACUUCUAUGUAGUUUCUCUUAUUUAGAAUGCUGUAUACAUUUAUAUGCUAUACAAGAUCAUAGGAGAAGAUAGACAAUUGUUAAAUGUAAUGAAGCACAUACUUUAAUAAGAAAAGGAUGAAAUUAUAAAACAAUCAGCUAAAGAUGAUUCUCUAAAAAAAUAAUUUGAUCAAGAAAUAUAGAAUAGUGCAGGCUUGCUUGAAAAUUAGGCAUUACAUCAAAAUGAUGAGAGAUUAAUUUCUACUCUUUCCAUAAUAGAUUCUCUUUUACAAGAAAAUUUUAUUAUUUAAAGAAGAAACAGAGUUAGUCGCUCAUCAAAAGAAAAGAAAAGUCACAAGCCAUCAUACUUAAAGAAAUGUGAAGAUUCUUCUUAGAAAGAGGAUUAACAUUUGCUCAAAGUAAAAAACGACUUAUUUUAAUUUGAACAAGGAAUCAUUCACCACAGAGUUAAUUCUAAAAAGGACCACAUCACUCUAUUUAAUGUACUAGAAAACAAUACUGAAACAUAAAACUUUGGAUCCAAGUUAUUUAUUACAGCAACUUCUGUUAUCAUUUACGUUUAUAAUAUUGCAUAAAUCAAUACAAAUUAUUUAAAUCCAGAAUACGAGCUAGGAGUAUUAUUAUUCUUAGGUAUCCCAGCUUUAGCCAUGAUUUUACCAUUCUGCUUUGUUUUGCUUACUCUUGCCACAAGUGUAGUUUUCCUUUUAAUAUAUGGCGUUAGCAUUCUUUUGUUACUAACUUAUUCUGUCAUUUCUAAAUAACUUUUCUACCUAAUAAAAAUUGGAUAAUUGCGUUCCACUGCUGUUAAAAGUUUACCUCAUUUAAUAGGUUAAACUUGUUCAAUCUGCUUAUUUGAAUACGAAAAUGAAGCAGAAAAAGUUUCUUAUCUUAAAUGCAACCACGCCUUUCAUUAUGAAUGCAUUAAAUUAUGGAUGUAGGAGAAAGAUGACUGUCCUAUGUGCAGAAAAAAACAAUGA